AUGCGGGUGAAGCUGUGCGGGGCGGCGGGCGGGCGGCUGGGCACGCUGGCGGGGCUGGGCCGGAGCGGGGCGGCCGCCUUGGCGCUGCCCGGCUGCCUGCUGUACACGCGGACCGGCACGGCGCCGCACCUCACCCGCGACACGCUGCGCGAGGUCGGCGGCGUGCCUGCCGUGGCACAGCUCACGCUGCCCACCAUGGCCGAGUUGCACGACGUCCUGGAGGAGUACAAGGAGGGAGCGGCGAAGUUUAUAGGUAUGCCAGAUACAGUGCUGUACUGCUCCCUUCAAGAUCCAGCUGCUCCCUGUCCUUCUGGCUACAACACCAACAAGACAGUGUCCCUAUGGGGCAGCUCAGGACGCAUGGAAAUGACAGCUUCCAAGUUCAUGGACAUACAGCGGGCUAUCCAGCCUGACUGGUUCCAGUGCAUUGCUGAUGGAGACACUAUUUCUGGAGAAGUUACUGGAAAAAGGGCCAAGAAGUCUGUGGACAGAUCGCUUUCCUUCCUGGAUGCAUGCCUUCAGCUGCUGGAAAAGGCACCGGAACUACAAGGAAGUGUAAUGUUUGGGACAAUUGAAGGUGGAGAUGUCUUGGAAGAGAGGCUCAGAUCAGCCAGGGAGACUGCCAAGAGACCCGUGGGUGGCUUUCUGUUAGAUGGCUUCCAGGGACAUGCCAUGGCCAAGGAGACCAAAUUGAACCUGAUUUCUUCUGUGACAGCAGAGCUGCCAGAGGAUAAGCCAAGAAUCAUCCACGGUGUGGGCAAACCAGAUGAGGUGCUUGAGUGCAUUGAAAGGGGAGUGGACAUCUUUGAGAGCUUCUUUCCCUUCCAGGUGACGGAGCGAGGCUGUGCCUUGGUGUUUGGCUAUGAUUACCAUUCAGAUCCCAAAGCAGCAGCAGCUUUAAAACAAAAUGGGGCCCAGGACCUGGAGAAAAAUGGUACCGAAGAAGACGAGGAGGAGGUUGUCAAAGCUGACCCAGAAAUGACACCAUUUGAGAUAUUUCUGAAGGAGAAAAGAUACUAUGAUGAUUUUCGUCCUUUGCUGGAAGGAUGCACCUGUUACUGUUGUCAGAGGCACACUCGCGCAUACCUCCAUCACCUCCUUGUGAGCAAUGAGCUUCUGGCUGGUGUCCUGCUCAUGAUGCACAACUUUCAGCACUACUUCAGCUUCUUCAGCGCCAUCCGAGAUGCUUUAAGAGAUGACAGAUUGGAUCAGCUGAAAAAGCUCAUCUUCAGUCAGGCACUGCAAGGCCCAGAAAAUGCAAAGAUAGACGAGUGAGUUCAGAGAAAAUAGAGGAGGUCACAGCUUACGUCCUUACCCAGUGGGAAUGCUGAAACUUCACUGCUAGCAGAAUCAUCUGUUAGGUACUAAAAUGCCUCCCUUCCUGGAGGGACUGUAAAGGGAUGUUUUAAGAUCUCACUUCCAGGCAGGGAAGGAAGAUUUUACUUAAACAUCCCUUGAAGUUAAUUGGCUUGGUGCAUUCUCAGGUUAUAGAAUAGUCUGAACAGCUCAUAAAACCAAUAUGGACAGCUUUGUUUUCAGUUAUUCGUUGGUGGCUUUCCAUGUGUGAGAACUCUGAGUUGAAGCUCAGCAGCUGUUUGGGUCUUUUGCCCCUCUUCCCCAAAAAUGCCUGUGAUGAGGUUGUCCCUUCAUGCAGCUCCUUGUGAGAUCCUGCCUCAGCCUAGCACACAUGCUCCUUGUGAACACUGCCAGCAUCCAUGUCCCCAAAAAGAAAUGGUUGGAAGUGUGCUGUAUUUAGUGGCACAAAGACACCAUACCCAUACUUCUGUUAUUCUGCAGUGCAGAAUGUUCUCUGGGCUCUCCACUUCAGCCCUUUUUACUCUGUAUCCUUUACAUCUCUAUGGAUUAAAAUUUCAGUCCUUUACUGGAGUAUAAAUGAUCUUUCCAGCUGUCCUAGCACUAGACUUAUAGCAGGCUCUAUUAGUGCCAGUUUGAGGUGGAGCUGUGGAAGGGGUGUAUCACAAGAAAAGGCAUUCAGACAAGAUUCUGGUUGUUUCCUAUUUUAAGAUUUUGCUUUGUUAUGUCACAUUCCUUUUAUUCAGCUCUUUUAUGCCUCUGACUUUGUAAUUAUGGAUUUGUUCAUUUUAUAUUUCGAAGCAACAAUAAAUUUUUUUUUUUUUUUUUUUUAUUUCACUGGUACAUCAUCUCCAUCACACCUUGAGGAACAGGGGAGCUUGAGUGCAGCACUCAAGGUGGUAUCUCCUGGGAACAUGAACUAGCAGCCUGACAGAGAACAACGAACCAUCUGGGAUUAGGAUACUGUCACUGAGCAGAGGUCUCACUGCUUGCUUCAGAAGGAGCCAUAAUAGGCCUGAAAACGUUGAAACCCCUCCUUUGAAGUUUAGAAAAAUAUUGUAGUUGCUGAUUUUAAAGCAAUUAAGUAUUAAUCUGCAGUUUUAUGCUCUUCACUGUUUCACCAAAGUACAAAAAUGCAUUAUGCCUCUUUCAAGAUCAAAGCAGGAAAUGACAGUAAUGUUGGGAUGCUGCAGUGCUUGUUUCUGCAGUGCCAGUUUGCACAAUGCUGCAUGUGUCAUUGGGAAAUUUUAUAGGAGGGAACAGUGGCUAUUAAAAUUUCCUCACUGCAUGCACAUCCCUAGGCACACACUCAAAAUAAGCAAGAUCCAUGAGUGCCCAGCAUUCGGGCACCACAGUGCCUGUAUGGAGGAGAUCUGUCAGAAAUGUUCUGCAACACCCUGGAUGACAAGGUAUGUUAGCUACGUUGUUCUUGUCCUCUUACCUGUGUUGUUCUUGAGUUGGCUGCUCCAUCACCAAGUUUAGAAGUGUCCUUCUGUGCCCUUUAGGAGUGAGCUCUGAUCAGUCUCCUCAUCCUGUCCCACCUCUGUGACUUAGGCUGUACUCAUUUCCUUUGUUCACCACCCUGAGCGUGCUGACGAGCUGCGUGUUGGGAUCUUUGUGACCAAUCUAAGUGCCAAUAACAUGCCAGUCUUAAAACACUUCCGCUCUUUCUCCUCACCAUCCACUCAUUCCAUGUUGAUCUGUUCCUGUUAAUUCUCCAGUGAUGCUCAUGAAUUUUUUCAUUGUGAUUCUCUGCUUUGUGUGUGUGCAUGUGUGUGCUAGAGCUGCAAAGCCUAAACAACUUCAUAUUGGGCAAAACUGCAUUUGGUCACCUACAUCUGCUCUUUAUCUAGCACAGUACUGAUCAGCACUAAUUCUGCAACAACCCCGAUGUGUUAUAUUUACACGCUGUCAUUCUGUCAGCACUUCUAACUCAAAUUGUAAAAAUUAAGCAACAUUUCUAAUGCCAAAUUAGAAAGUUUUUUAUUUUAUUUACAAGCAGAGAAGUAAUUUAUUUCAAAAACAGAAUUCUUGCCUGAACAUGCAGUUUUCUUCCCCACCUUCCACGGAGAAGCAAAAAUUGAAAUGAAUAAAGAGUAGAAAAUUCCCUGUUCUUAAUUAACUUUACACAGCACAGAAAACUCUGCAACAACAUUCUUGACUGCCUUCCAUUCCCAGAUGGCAGAAUACAAAACGAAUACAGAAGAACAGAGCAGAGUACAGAAGAGGUGGUGUGUUACAAAAACAUUAAACUAGCAACUUCUAGUGUAACUUUCCCCUUGAUGAAGAAAAACCUGUGUUCUUCUAUUUCUGAUGAGAAUAAUCAGCAGG